CCCCCAACCAGACAGUCGUUGAACCCGCGCCCAAAGGCAAGAUUCUCCACACGGAAAUGCAGUGGUUUGGUUUCCCAAAAUAGCAUAGCAAGCAGAAAAUCACCCGUUGAGUGUGUGUUGGUUCGCAGUAUGGCGUCGUUCCCCAGCUUUCCGGCGGGCGGGAGGACUCGGUCGUCCGAAGGCGGCCAGGCUUCAGGGCAGCAACAACAGCAACAGCAGCAGGAGCAGCAGGAGCAGCAGGAGCAGCAGUCGACAAGAGAUUCUUCAUCGUCUGAUUUGGAUGGACCGGAGACGGUGGUGUUUAGUCAAUCGGCGUCGUUGAUCGAGAAGACAAAUGAGAAUAAUACCAAUGCCUCAAAAACUACCGGAGCAACCGAAACGAUAACGUCAACGCCAAAUGGUCAUACGGACAUGUCGGACGUGGAGCCGCGCAAGUGUUGGAUCUGUUACAUGGAUGAGACGGAGGAUACACCGUUGAACGCGGAGUGGCGGUCGCCGUGUCCGUGUGCGUUGACGGCGCACGAGGCGUGUCUUUUAGACUGGCUUGCGGAUCUGGAGAGCCCGCGGUCUCGGAAGCGGAACGGCCGCGAGGCGAAGAUGCUGUGUCCGCAGUGCAAGGCGGAGAUUGUGGUGUCGCGCCCGCGCAGCUACAUUGUGGACGUGGUGCGCGCGCUCGAGCGGGUCGCCGGCCGGCUGGUGUUGCCCGGGAUGGUGUUCACACUGGCGGGAACGGUGUGGGCGGGCUGCUGCGCCCACGGCGUGUACUCGAUGUACUUUGUCUUUGGGGCGGACGAGGCCCGGCGCAUCUUCGAGGAGAACGCCGACGGGCCGUGGAGCCCCGGCGUGAACCUGGGCUUACCCUUGAUCCCGCUCGUGCUCAUCUUCUCGCGCACCCGCUACGCCGAAAGCAUGUUGCCCGCCAUCCCCGUCCUCUUCUUCGCCAUCCAAAACCCUACCCACGAGCCGGACUUUGAUCUGUGGCCGCCCACUCCCGCCAUGACCUUUGCCGCCCUCCCCUACAUGAAAAGCUUCUACACCGCGCUCUACGAUCGAUUCUUCGGACAACUGGAGAGAAAAUGGAUUGCCGAAGUCCAGCCUCGAGCCGGCGAGGCCGAACCAGACCCGGCAGCAGCAGCUCAACAGCCACUACAACAGAUGGAUCUAGGCGGCGACCCCGCCGCCGCCGCCGCCGCCCAGGGAGACAACGGGCAGAUUCUCAUGGAGAUCGACCUCGAGCUUCAGGUCGGCCUGGGACCUGACGACGAUGAGCCGCCCGAUAUCUUCGGGUUGCCCGGUGCAGGCAACCCACACCUCCCGGGGCUCGGGGCCCUGGACGGCCAAAACCUGGCGGCGGGCGCGGGCGGAAACGGACAGAACGGACAGAUUCUGGGGCGGCGACAAGACCAGCUCAUCCACGAGACCAGCAACCUGGCCGACACCAUCCUUGGCGCCCUGGUCUUCCCGGCCAUUUCGGCGUCGAUGGGCGGCCUCCUGAAAUACAUCCUGCCCAAGUCCUGGACCACGGCCUCUUCUCUUUCUUCUUCUUCUUCUUCUUCUUCUUCCGUGCUUGAGAGGAGUCGCCCGGGCCUCCUCCAGACCCGAUGGGGGCGCACCGUCAUCGGCGGCUGUGCCUUUGUCCUCCUCAAGGACGCCCUGGUUCUCUACUGCCGCUGGAAGCUCGCCCAGACGCACCGCAGAAGAAAAAUCCUCAACUACGACCGAGCGAAAAAGCAGGUCUCGAGAUCGUAGAAGUUUCUUUCGACAGUUUUUUCAACAAUAAUGAAACAUCAUAUUAGCGGCGAUGGGGAACUUUAUGGGUGAUCUUCUUUCUCUUGUCUACAUGACGCCAUGACUAGUACAAUACCACUUAUUCUAGAG